AAAAUCCACGACGUUUAGCGAGCGCCCUACGAAAUCUCCGCCUCUCUUCCCUUCAACCCGAAUCCCUAUCCGACAACCACGAGCACACACGGCAACGACCGUUACAGUUGCCCAGCAUGUCGCUCGUUUCGGGAGAGAAGACGAACUUCCAGUUCAUCUUGCGUCUUCUGAACACCAACGUCGAUGGCAAGCAAAAGGUCAUGUACGCCUUGACCAAGAUCAAGGGUGUCGGUCGCCGAUACUCCAACUUGGUCUGCAAGAAGGCCGAUGUCGACCUGAACAAGCGUGCCGGUGAGCUCACCACCGAAGAGCUCGAGCGAAUCGUCACCAUCAUCCAGAACCCCACGCAGUACAAGAUCCCCACGUGGUUCCUCAACCGACAGCGCGACAUUGUCGACGGCAAGGACUCUCAGAUUCUCGCCAACGGUGUCGACUCCAAGCUGCGUGACGACCUCGAGCGCCUCAAGAAGAUCCGCGCUCACCGUGGUCUCCGCCACUACUGGGGCCUCCGCGUCCGUGGCCAGCACACCAAGACCACUGGUCGCCGUGGCCGGACUGUCGGUGUCUCCAAGAAGAAGGGUGGUUAAGGGAUAUGAUGGUUACGGUAUCGGGUGGACAGGCGUGACGGCUGGUUUCUCCAUCUUUCUGAGCAUUUUGAGAGGAUUGCUUUUUCCUGCAUACAUGCAGCUAGGGCUGUACUCUAAAUCAGAGUCAUGAAUCAAAAAAUCACUUCAAACAAGCUCGUGGAUGCGUUGAAUGUGAAGGCGGGAUGAACGGAACCUGGGAACAGCACAGAAAAUGUUGGCCCGGAUACUACGUUACGUAUUACUUUGUUAGUGCAGUCGUCUCCUUACGACAGGUCUAAGCCUGUUGUCUGGUGUCAUGCAUGGCGGGUAUCAAAGUCAUCAUUGG